AUGGGUGAGGAGGGAAACCCGCUCAGAGAGGCUGUUGUGGUAACAUCUAAGCAGCCUCCUCCAUGCCCCCCUGCUGCCCCCUGGUGCCCGGAAGGCUGGAUCCGGAUCCAAGGGAAAUGUUACUAUUUUUCUAAGGCUGAAGAGAACUGGACCUACAGCCAGAGCUUCUGCUCUUCACACGGUGCCUCCCUGGCCGGGAUUGAGAGUCCGCAGGAGCUGGGUUCCUUGCUGCCAUACGAAGGCAAACUGGACCACUGGAUCGGCCUCCGGAAGGACACGGGCCAGGUCUGGAAAUGGGCCGACGGGACCGAGUUUGACCAUUGGUUUCAAAUACACGGAGGCGCAGACUGUGCGCAGCUGGACGAAGAUUUCACUGUUGUCACAUCAAGCUGCAGCACACCAAGAAAAUGGAUCUGCAGUAAACCUGAUACCCCUGGGAAGGGAGAGGAGGGAGCAGUGGGAGGGGAUUCGUGAACUCAAGGGGAAUUAGAGACCAGCUGUAGCAAAGACUUGUUCUAGUCCCCUCCAUGGUCCCUCCAUGCUG